AAAAAAAAAAAAACCCAACAGAAACUUCAUAAUCAACAAAACACUUCCAAUAAUUUCCUUUUUUUAGUCUCCAAUAAAUCUUCAAUCUUCACCAAAAAUGUCGCUAAUUCCAAGCUUCUUGGGCGGCCGACGAAGCAGAAGCGUCUUCGACCCCUUCUCCCUUGACAUCUGGGACCCGUUCAAGGACUUUCCCGUUCAUUUUCCCUCUGAACUUUCCCGGGAAAAUUCAGCAUUCGCAAGCGCUCAGAUCGACUGGAAGGAGACUCCGGAGGCGCACGUGUUCCAGGCCGAUCUUCCGGGGCUGAAGAAGGAGGAAGUGAAGGUGGAGGUGGAGGACGAUCGCGUGCUUCAGAUCAGCGGAGAGAGGAAGGUCGAGAAGGAAGACAAGAACGACACGUGGCAUCGGAUCGAGCGGAGCAGCGGACGAUUGCAGAGAAGGUUUAGGCUGCCGGAGAAUGUGAAGAUGGAUCAGAUCAAGGCUUCAAUGGAGAAUGGAAUUCUCACUGUCACUGUUCCAAAGGCAGAGGUGAAAAAGCCUGAUGUUAAAGCCAUUGAAAUCUCUGGUUGAUUUGUCGUAAUUGUUGGUUUAUUGGAUUAUCUGCUUUGUAAAUGUGUGAAAGAAGAUAUGUUGCUUACUGAUAAACAUCCCUGUAAAUGUUUGUUACGUUGUGGCUGUCCUUGCGUAAUGAUGAUUAUUGGUUGAUUUUUAAGAUUAUUAUUGUAAUGGUUUAUUGCAAUGGUAUCGAAUAAAUUACCUGUAUUAAUAGACUUGGUUUAGUAAAACUACGACAAAAUAAGCUAAAUCCAAUCUAAAUUCGUGCAUCAAGCUUCGAUGUUCGUACAAGUCCUGACC